GCCGUAAAAGAUGGCGAAUCGCACGGUGAAAGACGCGAAAUCAAUUCGCGGCACAAAUCCGCAAUAUUUAGUGGAAAAAAUCAUCAGAUCUCGCAUUUACGACUCGAAAUACUGGAAAGAAGAAUGUUUUGCCUUAACCGCGGAACUUCUUGUAGACAAAGCGAUGGAAUUGAGGUAUAUUGGCGGUGUUUUCGGUGGCAAUGUGAAGCCAACGCCGUUCCUCUGCCUUAUCUUAAAGAUGUUGCAAAUCCAACCUGAAAAAGAUAUCAUAGUCGAGUUUAUAAAAAAUGAAGAAUUUAAAUACGUCAGAGCGUUGGGAGCAUUAUAUAUGCGCCUGACGGGAACGUCGUUGGAUUGUUACAAAUAUCUGGAACCUUUGUUCAAUGACAACCGUAAAUUAAGGCGGCAGAAUAAGCAGGGACAAUUUGAAUUGAUUCACAUGGAUGAGUUCAUAGACGAUCUCCUUAGGGAAGAACGGUGCUGUGACGUGAUACUUCCAAGAAUUCAGAAGCGACAUGUCUUAGAAGAAAAUAACGAAUUAGAGGCUAAAGUCUCGGCACUGGAGGAUGAUAUGGAUGAGGGCAUCGAAACAUCGGAAGAUGAAGAUAUAGCUCCUCUUAAAGAAGAAAUACGGAAACGGUCUGAGGAGUAUGAAAGAGACAGAGAUCGCCAUAGAGACCGUGAUAAAAGGCAUUCUCGAUCUGACAAAAAAUCUGAUAGAGAGAAACGAUCGAGAAGCCGAGAUCGGGAUAGGGACAGAAGGGAAAGGAAGCGAAGUAAAUCACCGAAAACCCACUCUUCUUCUUAUAAGGAUAAAGAAAGGGAAAAGGAUCGAUAUCGAAGAGAUGAAAGGGAGAGAGAGAGAGAAAGGGAUCGUGAUAGAAGAAGAGAUCGUGAUCGAAAUAGGCAUUAAAAAUCUACUUCAUUUUAAUUGUACCUUAUAAGACAUAGAUGAUAAAGAAUUGACGAUUAAAAAAAAAAUGUUUUGACUA